GGGCAACGGGUAAAGACUUGGGCAGAAGAAAGGGACCACCCGCCCCCUCCCCUUUCCCACAGACUUCGCAACACUCUGGUGUGCCUCUAAGCAGCAUAUACACGCCUGUGACCCCCAGGGACAGAAAGGACUGACAGAAGGGGACAGAUGCAAGGGAGAGUGUGAGAAUACGGAUUAGGCAUCAAGCAUGCUAGGGCAGUCCGACCGGGCAGGAGAGAACCAUGAACACUUUACCUGCAUUUAGAACGGACUUCUAAAGAGUUUGGUUUGAAUUAGUAUCUUCAAAGAAAACAAAAUCAUGGAGUUUCUCAAAGUUAUUUUAUAAUGAAAUGUGUUCAUCAUCAGAACUACUGAGGAUUUAAAAUAGAACGCCCGAAUACGGCCAACCGAACAUUCCACCUGUCAUCUGGGAAAAAAAGGGUCUCCUCUGUGGUAUUCUAGAACUGGCUAGAGAGCAGGUGGCAAAUAGGGGACCGAUAUUCUAAGUAAGUCAACAGGACCCGUACAGAGAAAACAAGCUCUAGGAAAAAACAAUGCUGGAAAGAGGGAUUGUGCUGGUUUGGGAAUGGCAGGACGAAGAUGACCUGUGGAAGCCGUACAGCCCACCGGUUGCCCAUUACAUUGAGCAGGUGCUCCAGGAGACACCCAAGGCCAAUUCAGUCAGUUUGGGGGAGGCUGACUCAAACCUGACACCUUAUAUCCUGGACCUGAUUUCUAUGAACCAGUUUCGCCUGGACACAGGUACACUGCAUCCAGUGAGAAGAGUGCGUUUUCCCCUAAAUAGUGCUCCUGGUCAAGGUAUAACAUGGGAUUUUGAGGCACAUCCUGGACAGUGGAUUCCAUUUGAGACAAGGUUGUCUGUUUUGAUCCAAGGAGCCCUUGAGAGACAACAGCCAGGAGUUCGCCUUGGAGAGCCAUGCAGUGGUUCGAACAUUUGCUUUCAAAGUAUGACCAAACUGGAAUUUCCAUCACAGAGGAGGACUAGGGUUCGAGCUCGAGGUCAUUACCCAUAUCCUACUUCCAGCAAUAAACACGUGCCAGCUGACCUUCAAUCUGGACUGCCUCUUCAUCUAAAUGGGAUUAUGAAGUCUAAAACAGGGGCAACUAUUCCUAAGCCUGGACAAAUAAGCAACAUUUCUGAACCACUAAACUCCAAUCGUGGACCAGUAAACUUCAACUCUGGCCUGAUAAAUUAUAAUAUUGGGCCAGUGCAUUCCAACAGUGAAUUUACAAAUCCACAUCACAGAUUAUUAAACUACAACCACGGUAAUGACAAUUCCAUGAAUAUACUAUUGAAUUCAAAUGCUGGUUUAAUAACCUCGAAUGAUGUAUUUUCUUAUUGUGAACCUAUCCAACAAAACUCUGUUUUUGAUUUAGGGUGUUCUAGUACUACAUCCGGGAAUUCAAAACAAGGAAUACAACAUUCUGGAUGGGGACAUUCAAAGCCUGUAUUGAUGAGGUCUGAUUCCAGGCCUUCUAAUCAGAGGGAAUGGAUAGUUAGAUCUGAUUCUAGGCCAGGAGAUGCCAGGACUGGAUUGUCAAGGUCAAAUUCUAGACAUAACGAUGCAAGGCCUUCAUUAAGUAGGUCUAAUUCAAGACCUGCUGAUUUCAAACCUGGAUUCAGUGAAUGUUAUUCCAGACCUACUGAACCUAGGGCUGAAUUAGUAAACAUUCAUACAGAAGUGCCCAGUUAUAGGCCUGGGACAUUUGGCAGGGAUCUCUCUAGGUCAGUGUCACUUGGAAUGAGCAGAAGCCCCCCACCAUGCACUUGUCCACAGUGCCUUUUGGUGCAAAGUGUGAAAUCUGCUAGCUGGCCAGGACGGCAGCCUGUCAAAAAACCAUCAGGAGGACAGCGACAUUUAAGCCAAGAACGAACUGAUAAAGGAAACACAAGGGUUCCUUUGGUGCCUCUAAGCAAUAUUGAAGGUUCAGGAACGAUCCCUCCAGCACUGGCAGGUAUAAGUGGCCUAUUGAUAAGUGCAGUGGGACUUCCUAUUUGUCUUUCUGUCCCUCGUAAGCCUGUACUUUGCCCACCACCUAUCAAAAAAAGAGACUUGCGACCAGUGCCUGGCAUUGUUGGGACUAGUAGAAAAAUCAGCAAUAAAAAGAGUAAGAAACCAGAGGAAAUUAUAAAGAAGUUUCUGCAGAAAGUGAAGAUUCCAUCAGUGGAGGACUGUGCAAUGUGUCUGCGUCCUCUGGCAGAACGUGAGGUUGGCAGGCUAUAUCGCUGCUCACAUACCCACCAUGUUCGCUGUCUGGCAUCUCUAUACAAGGAUGGUACUUUGCGUUGUCCAACUUGCCGAACACUGUAUGGGAGGAAGUUAGGGUCUCAACCUCCUGGAAAGAUGUCCUACCAUUUGAUUCCCUAUUCUCUGCCUGGGCAUGAUGAUUGCCAGACUAUUCGCAUUAUGUACGAUAUUGCCCCUGGGAUACAGGGUUCUGGACAACCUAAUCCAGGGAUGAAAUUUUCUACUCCAGAUUUCCCUCUUUGCUGUUAUUUGCCCAACACAGAGAAAGGUAGAGAGGUCCUGCGUCACCUGAUUGAAGCCUGGGAUCAUCGAAUUCUCUUCCCCAUUCAGCCCUCACGUGUCCCUGGGGUUCCAGAUUCUGUAUCUACUUCUCGAAUUCCUCUCAAGACAGAGUUUGGUUCAAAUCUCACAGGGAAGGGAUUUCCAGAUCCUCAGUACCUGGACAGUGUUUUACGACAGCUCCGUGACUGGGGCAUGACAGGACGGUGAACACAAGAAGCCACUGAUAUUCCUGUAUACUUUGUUGGUGGCAUCAUAAUGGUUACAUUAACCAAUCAGUCUGCAAGCAAACAUGUCUCUGCUUUUAGUGCAGAAUAGAGUAUUUACACUUAUAUAGCUAUAUUUGUGUAUGUUUUGUUUUAGUUCAUUGUUUGUCUUUCAUCCGUUGUGGGUAUAUUUGAGGUUGUUUUACCUUCACGAAGCCCUUCACUGCAAGUAAGCAGUUUAUUUUGUAUAUACUGAAGCAUAUCCAAUGUAUAUUUUCUUUGUUCUUUCUGGUACCACAAUUAAUAGCAUAUUCUAGUAAAUAAGGGGUGGUGAUUUUCUUCAUUUGGUUUAAACUGGCCAAGUAUCAACUGCUUUAAAAGUUGCACAAGCUUCCUAAUUAACAAUUAGGAUGUUAAUACAAUAUAUUUUAGAAGCUGGAAUAUAAAACUGGCCUCAACCUAGUGUAACAUUUUAUGUAAUAUUUGUUUCAGUGACAAAAGUUGUACCAAAAUGUUAACCACCUGCUGAGGUUGCUAUGCCCUGCUAGAUAUCAGUCCAUCUCUAGGAGAUGUUACAUAUUUGCAUAGUUAAUGAUGUUGAAGUUCACAUUCAACUCUAGUAUUUUGUUGAUCGUUAAUAAAGAAAGAAAGGGAAACACUCGUACCAUUGUUAGUAUAUGUUAACAUUAGACAGUGCAGACAUUUCUAUUUUAGUAACUAUUUUUGUGUAGAGUUUAACAUGACCUUACAUCACAUGAGCACAUUGUCUAAAAGAUUCAUAUUCACAUACACACACACACACACACAGGGUAAUAAUUCACUACAGUUUGAAUUGGAACCAAAAAAUCCAAAUAGUAACGUAAAUAUCUGAUCUGUAAAAAUUCUCAAACACAGCUAUACUCAGUAAGCAGUAGUUAUUACGCAAAUUUACCCAAGACAGUCUAAAUCCAGCUUUCUUGCUAAAUAUUAUUUAGAUCCUCACUUUGCUAUGGAUGCUUUAUGCAGUGAGACUUCCCAAGUUCAGGGAAUAGUAACCACUGCCAAAGAGCAUCAGUGGCACUUUGAGGGGCUAGAAUCUUUUUCAUGAAGUUGGAGAUUGUAGUAUUUGUGGGGCCCCACAAGCAUUCUCUUUGUUAUGUAAAGUAUAUUGCUAGGAAAUCGAUUUUGGUGCUUUCUCUAAUGCAGGUCUGCACCAUACUGUAUGGAAUGAAUAUAAGCUAGAGUGGGUGGGAAAGGUGGGGGAGAUGGAUUGGACGAAAUAAAAAAAAGUUGGGGGUUGAAGGUAGAAAAAAGUUUGUUUGGGGAUGUAUGUUGAGGGGGGCCCUGUGGUUUGUUUUUUUUUCCAGGCAAGGACACUUUCUCUAAAGUGUAAGGUUGAGAUUAACCAUGGAACCAUCAUAAAAAGGGCCCAUAAGUUGUUGUUUUUUUUUUAGAGAAGAGAAUAUUGGAUGGGGCAACUGUCUUGGGUGCCAUCAACCCGCCAUAGUUUAUUUUUUUUUUCUUUCCAAUCUAAUCACUUUUUGAAUAGCUUGGUCUGUUAAAAAUACCACUACUACUGUUUUACUGCUCUACUAGUGUACUACUAAUAAUAAUCAUAUUGCAGCCUUUUUGUCCUGGAUUAGUCUCAAGACAAAUCUAGUUUAACAUUUAAAAAGAUGGAGUAGAAUGACAUUUUACAGUGGAAUCUUUGUAAAUAUUUUCUCUCUUUAUUUUGAAAGUGUAAAUUAUUAUUUUGAUAUAAGCUUAGUAGAUCUUGAUAAAAUGCUUCUAAGUGCUCUGUGUGUCUGUUUAAAUUGUUUCUUUCAAUGUCACAGUGUCCAAUCCUCAAAAUUGACCCGAUAAAUUAGUCUCUCGUUAUAUUGGCAUUCUGGCACAGAACAUAAAGUCUCAUUGACAUACGACUAUUUGCAAUAGUCCUGUUACACCACUUCAGAUUUCAGUAAAUUGCUGGUUGCAUCCAAAAAUGAUUACAUUAAUCUCAGAAAGAUUAAUGACGCUUUAAAUACACACUCCCUAACUGUUCACUACAUGACCAC